CACAAACGCCUUGAAAAGGGGAUCACUUAACUCUUGUCRAGUCCUAAAAACAUCACGAAAACAUGRCAGUUCCCUAAAUAUCCUGAAUCAAAAUCUGACUUUUAUACUAAGGCUUGACCCUGGACAACAAAGAUCGAAAAUUUAUUCAAAAUCUUGAUUUUACAAAGCGAAAAUGUCGUCAGGAAGAAAGCGACUUGAAGAUGCGCUGUUGGCAGGGAAGACCAAAGAUGAUAAUGAUAAUAAAGAGACUCAGCCCUCGGCUGUCCUCCCAAAGGUUUCAGGAAUGAAGGAAUUAGAUUUUGGUGACAUUAUGGGGAUUUUUAGCCUUCACUUUUCUCAGAAUUCUUUGUUUAUGGCUGCUGGAUGUGGAAAUGGCUCUGUGCAGGUCUAUUCAAUCGACACAGGAAGAAAGAGAAGACCUUUGAAGCAUGGUUCGUUGUAUGGUCUUCCUGUGACAUCUGUCAAGUUUCUGCCCUACAAAGACAACAGACUCAUGUCAACAACUUCUGAUGGCACCAUCACAUGUUGGGAUUUAGAUGGCUGGUGUGCUAUAAGAUCCGUUGAUGAGAUGCAUAAUGAAAUAAGUGCACUGGAUUUCUCUCAUGAUGGUAAAAUAUUUGCCACAACAGGAAAGGAUCGCAGAAUCAGAGUUUAUGACAGUGAUAMAAUGCAACUGAAUUUGACAUUUGCAGGCAGUAAUUAUAUAGAGACUUCCCAAGAUACAAAUGUUGUAGCACCAGAAAUGGGUCAUGGAAGGAAAGUAUUCAGCCUUAAGUUUCACCCUUAUGAUGACAAUAUAUUUCUAACAGGAGGCUGGGAUAGGUGCUUAAAGAUUUGGGAUGUGCGAGUUGACCAGGUAGUGCGGUCAAUAACUGGUCCAUAUAUUUGUGGUGAUGGCAUCGACAUUGCUGAGGAUGACAUACUGACUUCUUCGUGGCUUGCACAAAAUGCUUUGCAGGUUUGGGAUUAUGGCAGUGGCAGGCUGAUAGAGAAUAUUCCUUUCCCAUCUAAAGAACAUGGUGAAUUCUUGUAUUGCUGCCGGUUUAUGUCUAGUGAGAUGGUUGUUGCUGGAGGUAGCGGUACAAAUGAUACUAAAGUCAUCUCUCGAAAACCUUAUAAGGUCAUUGAGACAUUUGAAGAAGAAGGAAAACCAAUCCAGGCACUAGAUGUACAUAUAGCAUCAGGGUCAAACCUUAUUGCCCUUGGAGGGACAGGCACUCAUGUAAAACUUGUCAGUUUAGAAGAAUAGMCUUGGUAAUUAAUGUUCUGUGUGUUUGGUGAAGAAGGGGGACAUGAGAGGCUGCUGUAUGUAACAUAUACAGACUGUAUCACUUCCACAGCUACCUUUUUACCCUGUUAACAGUCUAUAGUUUAACUUUGCUGAUAAAGGAGACUCAUAAGAGUUAUUAUUUUCCUGGUAAU